GUGUGUGGUCACGGCUUUGAGGCCGGCGAGUUGGGCCCGGGAACCAUCGUUGGCAGCGCCGCCUUCAACAUGUUUGUGAUCUUGGGGAUCUGCGUGUGGGUGAUCCCCAACAACGAGUCCCGCAAAAUCAAACACCUCCGGGUUUUCUUCAUCACCGCCUUCUGGAGCAUCUUCGCCUACAUCUGGCUCUACCUCAUCCUGUCCGUCAUGUCGCCGGGCGUCGUGGAGGUGUGGGAGGCCCUCGUGACCCUGCUCUACUUCCCAGUGUGUGUCCUCCUGGCGUGGAUCGCCGACCGCCGCCUGCUCUUCUACAAGUACAUGGGCAAGCGUUACCACGCCGACAAGCGCCGAGGCAUCAUCGUGGGGACCGAGGGAGACCUGACGCCCAGCAAGGGCAGCAUGGAGAUGAUCAUAGACGGCAAGUUCCCACCGAGAGGGGGCGCCGUGGUCCCUGCAGAAAAUUGCGGGGGGACUCAGGACGGCACGGCAGGCGCUGCAGCCAAUAAUGUCGCGUCAGCGGGAGUCAUGGCAAUGGGAGCCGGAGGCAACCUGCCCAACUCCAACAGCAUGGUGGUCAAUGUGGAGAGCAGCAAGGAGCUGGACGAGAGCCGCAAAGAG